AACCGGCUUGCUACUGCAUAACGCUGACCCGCACCGAUAUUAAGCCCAAGCCUAAAAUAAAUCAAAUCGGGUCAAAAACCCGUCUGAUCCAACGCACAGUCAAUCGGUACCCGUGGACAAUCUGUAGCUUUUCUUUCGAUGUAUCAGUAACAGUAGCGCAUGGAGUCCGUACUUUCAUCCAAGAAGAAGAACAAGAGAGUACUAGAAUGAAGAAAAUAUAUUAUGACGGGUUUUUUGUUCUGCUGUUCCUUUUUUACUUUCAAAUCCCUUUUUCCUCUGGAAAGCAUGAUGGAGUAUGUACUUCCAAAGGUGGUCGGUUUCCACCAUUCUCAUCUGAAGGGAAACCACCAAAAAAGAUAAGCAGGGGCUCCAAAGAUUUGACCCUUUGCAGGGUGUUCCGCAAAAAGACUUGCUGUGAUGUAGCUCAGACAUAUCCUGCUCUGCUGUCUGUUAGAAGACUGGCUUCAGCGGGGGAGGCCAGCCAAGAGUGCCUGCAGUUAUGGGAAUUAUUGGAAUGUUCCAUCUGUGAUCCCAACAUUGGAAUUCAACCUGGACCCCCUCUUAUAUGUUCUUCUUUUUGUGACAGAGUGUAUGAAGCCUGUGCUACUGCUUACUUUUCUAUGGAAGCAAAGACACAGGUUCUAGCACCAUGUGGAGUAAAUGAAUUUGUUUGUGGUAAAGCUGCUGAAUGGGUCUCCAAUGGCACAGAACUCUGUCACUCUGCAGGCUUUGCUGUUAAAGUGGCUGAUGAUACAUACCAUGGUACAGAAGGAGCAUUUUGUUAUGGUGGUAGAGCCAGUCUUGAUUCUAUUGCCGAGUCAUGGAAGGCUUCACGUUCUGAGUUGCCUCAGAAAGCUGGAAAUUUGGGUGCUUUAGAAGAUUUCCAGCAGUGGGUGCAGGAACUGCCUUUUAGUGAAAAAGUUUCUUGGGCAGUUGGAGGGAUGGUGCUGACUGCAGGGUUGUUGUUUUUGAGCAAGAGGAAGAGUUACAGCCAGCGCCAGAAGCUAGCAGCUAUUCAACGAACAGCAAGGAGACUGGAUGGCAAGAUGAACCAGAGUUCUCCUGAGAGUCAAGGGAAUAGGAAAGGAAAUAGAAGACAAACACUGAGUUGAUAAUAAGCUUCAUGGUGUAUUAAUUGGCAGGUAUAACCUUGCGGGUUAUUUUUCAGGCAACUAAGUUUCAAGAUGUCUGUUGAGAAGGCGUACUGGAGUGAUGAGAUGUCUUCUAUUUACUUUCAGAAAUAAGAAUCGGAUUUGUUUGUGUUGUGGAGAAGCCAUUCCGGUGUGAAGACAACAUUUCCCAUAUAUGGGAAAAGAAAGAAUUCAGUUUUAGUCAGGAUUUUCUUAAAUAUAUAUACGCAUGUAACAUGUUUUGCAGUUUUACCACCAAACAUGCAGCUGUAGUAUGUAACUGGAAUCUGCCGAGGUCUUUACUGCUGCACAAGGUUUACUGAUCAUCCACCUUUGCUUCUUGACAUUGACAUGGAAAAGAGAAACAGAAGAUUAUUUAUUUCAUAUUUCUGUACAGCGUUGUUUGUAUUGUAGCAAACAACUGAAACUCUAAGCGUUUUCUAUCAAAGAAAGAAUUCUCCUGAUGGCAGAUGAAGAGGGGCUCUUUUCCUACAUUGCUGUAGAAUUCAGCGAGCUGCCUAUUCAGUCUGCGGCGAUGAGUGUUGGCUUUUCCCAGUUCAAUUCUUCUUCCUGUUAAUGCCUUAUAACAAACUUGAAGUAAUUUGAAGUUUGGAAGCUAAAUGAACCUAAUGCAAUAAAUUAGACACAAUUAAUUCAUAAAAGUUGUGUAUAA